AUGUCGAGCGACGGGCCUGUCAAGAGAUCCAACAACAUCAAAAGACCCGAUGUGGGCGCCAGAGACAAAAAACUGGACGUUUUGAAGACGCAAUUGAAGAAGAUCGACACGGAGGUGCAAGCGAUCAGAAAGCAGAUUGACCAGCAACAAGUGGGUGGAAGUGCUGUGGAUCAGAAGCAGGGGCUCCAAAACGAAUUGCGCAGCAUCAUCAAGACGCAAAGCGAUCUCAAAUCGCGCAGACAAGCGAUCCACGACCAGAUCAAGAACCUGGACAACGAAAUGAAACGCAAAAAGGCGCAAAUUGCGACCAGAACGGGCGGAAAGGCGCAAUACCAGUCCACGGAAGACAUCGCUGCCCGCAAACGCACCAUCGACGCCGAUAUUUCGUCAGGGGAGCUCUCCCUUGUGGAGGAAAAAAUGAUGGUCAAAGAACUGCAGUCUUUGAACAAGCUGCAGCGUGACCUGCAGGCAAUUGAGCCCGUGCGUAAGUCCAUGGACAAUGACAGAGCCGCCAUCGCCGCGUUGAAGCAGGAACUCAACGAAUUGAACCCCAAGGAAGUUUCCAACAAGUUCGAGGCCACACAAUCGAAGCUCAACGAGAUCCAAUCCAAGAACCAAACCGUUUACGACAAGCGUCAGGCCUUGUUCACCAAGCGUUCCGCUCUGUACAAGAAGCGUGACGAAGUCUACUCACAGAUUACCCAGAUUCGCGCGGACUUUGACAACGAGUUCAAAUCGUUCAAGCAGAAACUCGACAAAGAACGUUUGAAGCGUGAAGAAGACCAGAAACUGUCUAAGCUACUCGAGGAAAAAGACGCGGCGGCGGGCAAGCUCCAGGAGAAAUUGCUUCACGCUCGUCUCCCAGCGUUCACUUACGAAAUCGGUGCCAUUGAAAACGUGUUGUGCGUCUUGGACCCCACCUACGUCAAGCCUGCUAAGCAUACACUUGAAGUUCCAGCCGAUUCAUCCGCCAACGUUCAGCCAGCGGCUAGAAAGGUCGAAGCUGACGAUCUAGAGCCUAUCGUCAAAGAAGAAAAAGUGGACUUCUUCAGCGGUGGUGGCAGUAAGUCCAAGAAAAACAAGAAGAAGCAAAGCUCCUCCACUUCCACUUCUUCAAAUGGCAAGUUCUCGUUGGAGCCAACUUUGAUUGCUACUUUGGCCGAAUUGGAUGUCACAGUUCCAUUGAACAAAGAAGAAGUUCCAAAGGCCAUUGAUCAACUAAAGGUCAAACACGAUGACUUCAUUUCCAGACAAGAAGCUCAAACCGAAAAGAAUAUCAAGGAGGCUGAAGCUCAAUUGGAGAAACUCAACUUGGAUUUUGACAAAAAGGAAAAAGCUGUCAAGGCCGAACUAGAGCAAAAGAGAGCUAAAGAACAAGAGGAAUCUAAGGAAGACGAAGAAUGA